UCCGACGCGACCUCACUUUGCCGCCCUCUGGCCCCGCCCCCUGUAAGCCCCCUUCCGACGUUGCCAUGAGUACCCAGAGGCCGCACGGGGGCUUGUAGUAGCCGCGGGGCCUGCCCGGUCGCCUCUGUGCACCCGGUGGCGGGGACAGUGGGAGCCCAUGGAACUCUCAGUAGCGCCCGUGAAGAGGUCCAGGAAGCGGUCAGGCCUGGGCCGUUGCAGGCAUUUUUUCUGGCUGGGUGUCAUCUUCGACGCAGUGGGCGUGGCGGUACUGUUCACUGGCGUCUUCGCCAACCUGCUGUUCUACGACAUGCUAGUGUACCUGGGUUCCAUCAUCAUCUUCUUCAGCCUACUCUGGUGGAUCUCCUGGUACACCGGCAACAUCGAACUGCUCCCCGAAGAGACCAAGAAGAGGGCCUCCCGCGUGCCCUCCACCGCCGUGGUGCAUGCCCUGCGCCAGAGCGUCAGCCACCGCUUCUCUUUGACCAUCGACCAAGUCUCCAGCACCUUUUUGCGGAUCCAUCGGCGGCGCCGGCGCCGCCAGAGGACCCUUCAAAGUACACCUUCCCUGAAAAUGACCGUGUCGGGCCUGGUGGAACAGCUGGAAAAGGAGAACAAGGACACAGAAGGAGGGGAAAGUGUCAAAGAGAGCGGUUCCCUUCAAGACUCUUGCAAAGAGAAUCUGGGUCCCAAGCCUGAAGAUGACAAACGUUCAGAGACAGUUGUCUCCCCAGACCCUUAUGCUGGGCCGCCGUGGUUUGGUCAGCAACCAUCGACCCAACUGGUGCCGCCUAUGUUCCCACCAACCCAGCCUCUCCCUCCCACUGCUCUGGCCUCUCAAAGCCUGCCUGUAGUUUCUUUGGUCUCUGUUAGUCAGCCUUUAGCCAUUUCUAGGAGCCAGCCUGUAGUUUCAGUGGCCCCUAGGACCCAGCCUCCAGCUACCCUUGCCCUGACGCGGCAGCCUGCAGUGCCCUUGGGCUCUGAGAGCCAUCCUGUGGUUUUACAGACCCAGUUUGAGAAUCUUCCUCAAACUGAAGCUCAGCCCGGUCAGGGUUCUGGAACCCAGAGUCUGGCCUCCCAGGUCUCUCUAAUGCAGUUUGCAGCUGCCCAGUCUUUUCAGACUGUGGACUCACAGCCUGUCCACAAUUUGGAGGCCCUGCAGCAAACUCUUCAGGGUACCCAGAGCACCUCUUUGAUCCCAGAGAUUUUUAUAAAGCAGCCUUCCUAUGACCUCCAGGUUCCUAAGAAUCAGGUUGCUGAGGGUUUUGAGACUCCACCACAGCCCAGCCAGAAACCAUCUCAGGAGCUCCCUGACAUCCCAUCACCUGUCAUUGACGCCACACCUCCAGCCAGGCAGGCCCAGCAGUCUGUCUCCACUGAGAGUGCUCCAGCCUCAGUGGAAGUGAAGAAAAGUCAUCCCCUCUAGUAGGGACCAGACUCAGCCAUUUGAGUAGCUGCUCAGGCCUCUGCCAAAACUCACCAAUGUUUCUACAGAUUUAACUGUCAACUUUAUUAAAGCACAAAUACUUAUCAUCUUAUUCUGGAAACCUCUUCUGGAGUCCUGACCUCCCUCAGACCAGCAGACUUACUAAACUGCCUCUGCCAACUAUACCUGUUUCAGUAUUAAGGAUAGUUUUCCAGCUUCUGAUAGUAAAGUUAUUUGUUGCCAGAAUGUUAAGCCAUAAUAAACUGCGCCAUUCCAAAUGAACCUUCUUUUAAAGUAAGUUGGUUAUGAAAGCAUUCCAGCAUUUAAACUGGAAAAUAAUGUCUUAUGUACUCUGAGUGAACAUGUAUGUAAGUAAAAUUCCCACAGAAAUGGUUAUUGAGAAAUGCAGUUCUUUUUAUUUAAGGAUAUUUUGUGACUUCAUUAUGAAAUAGAUAUCAGAAGACAUUAACACAACCAAUGCAUUGUAAUAUGCUAUAACUUACAUGUAUAUGCUCACAACUUCUGGUUUCUCAUUUUCCCAAGGAUUUAAAAUCUGAUUGAUUGCAUAUUUUAAUGAUAAUCUAAUAAAAUUCAUU